AUGAAGAAAUCGGUGCAACAUUUCGGUCUUCUGUACAUGAUGAUACAACAUGUUAUAUGUGAUGAAGGUAUCCUCGAUUUGGUAACAGGAGAAAAUGGCAUUUCUGACAAUGCGCUAACAGCGUCAUCAUAUCUCCAAUGUUGUCCUGCACAAAUGGCUAGAUUUAACAGUAGCCGUGCCUGGUGUGCAGGAAAUGUUCACAUAGGCGGAGAGUAUAUCCAGGUGGAGUUUAAGACAGUUUCGACACUGAAGGCAAUCGAAACUCUUGGUCGGGCAGAUUCCAACCAAUGGGUGUCAUCAUACAAUGUCAAUAUCAGUCUGGAUGGAAUCACUUGGAAUUACAUAAUGAACUCCACAACAGGCGAAGUGAAGCGUUUCCCGGGGAAUUUUGACAGGUUAACAAUCGUCACCAACGAACUGGAUGGGAAUGUCAUUUCAAAGUACAUUCGCAUCAUACCCAUUACUUUCCAAGGCUAUCUGUCGAUGAGACUUGAGGUGCAAGGAUGUCCAGCUGCAGAUCUUUGUAGUGAGUUUUCAUUUUGA